UUCGGGCUGACUCGGGCGCCGGCCGUUCGGCUCCCCGGCCCGCCCGGCCGUUCGGGUGAGAUCGGAGGGGGCUGGGCUGGGCUCGGCUCGGCUCCUCGCUGCCAUGGGGACGAGCUGGGAGGACUCGGGCGGGCUCGACUCUCAUCGGCCCUAGUCCCCGAUCGCCUCGGGCAGGUUCGGGUCCCUCCCCCCCGCCCGGCUGGGCUGGCUCUUCGGGCGACGUUCCGGGGAGCCUGGCGAGGACUCGGAGGGGUUCGGCUCCCCGGAUCGGUCCGCAUUCGGGUCACGCGGGAGGGGCAAGGGGAUUCAGUCGAGCUCGGAUCCUCGACUAAUUCGCCUGGAGCGGCACUCGGGCGAGCUCGGAGGGACUCGGGGCUAUUCGGGCCGACUCGGGCCAGUUCGGCUACUCGCUUUCGGCAGCGCUCGGCUACUUUCGGAGGGACUCGGGAUCGCUCGGGGAAACUCGGAGCAUUCUAGGGUAGCGCCGCGCCGCGCCCCGCCCCGCCCGGGGAAUCUGAGAAUCGGGCUCGUGUGAGAUCGGAGAGGGCUCGAGCCCGCUCGGGCCGCGCUCGGCUCCUCUCGGCCCCCGGCUACCGCCGCCUCGGGCGGGCUCGGAUGGAGGACUCGGACUCGGCGGCGAAGCAGCUAGGCUUGGCCGAGGCGGCGGCGGUAGCUGCGGCGGCGGUGGCCGCAGCAGUGGCCGCGGAAGGAUCCGAGCACCAGCGGGCGGAGGCGGCGGGCUUGGAGGCGGAGCCCGAGGAGGAGGAGGCAGCCGCGCAGGUGACGGCGGUGACCGUGAUGGCGGCGGAUGCCGAACACAUCGCGAUGGGAGCCGAGUCCCUGCCGAGCGCGGACGAUGCCGCCGCCGCCGCCUUCGCAGAAGUGACAACAGUAACAGUAGCCAAUGUGGGUGCCUCUGCAGACAAUGUCUUUACCACAUCUGUGGCAAAUGCUGCAUCUAUAUCUGGACAUGUGCUGUCUGGCAGAACAGCCCUUCAAAUUGGGGACAGCUUGAAUACAGAAAAAGCCACUCUGAUAGUGGUUCACACAGAUGGCAGCAUUGUAGAAACCACAGGGCUAAAGGGGCCCUCUGCACCUCUCACACCAGGUUCUCAGUCUCCUCCCACUCCUUUAACACCUGGUCAAGAAAAAAAUGGCACGAAGUAUAACUGGGACCCAUCAGUGUAUGACAGCGAACUCCCUGUGCGAUGCCGGAAUAUCAGCGGAAUCCUGUAUAAAAACAGGCUUGGUUCAGGAGGCCGGGGCCGAUGUAUUAAGCAAGGGGAGAACUGGUACAGCCCCACUGAGUUUGAAGCCAUGGCAGGAAGAGCCAGUAGCAAAGAUUGGAAAAGAAGCAUCCGCUAUGCUGGGAGGCCACUGCAGUGCCUUAUUCAUGAUGGGAUUUUAAAUCCUCAUGCUGCCUCAUGCACUUGUGCUGCCUGCUGUGAUGACAUGACCUUGAGUGGCCCAGUACGAUUGUUUGUCCCUUAUAAAAGGCGAAAAAAAGAAAACGAAUUGCCUACAACGCCAGUGAAAAAGGAUUCUCCCAAAAACAUCACCCUGCUUCCUGCUACAGCUGCUACCACUUUCACCGUGACUCCGUCAGGACAGAUCACUACUUCUGGUGCUCUGACCUUCGACCGUGCAUCAACCGUGGAGGCCACAGCUAUCAUCUCAGAAAGUCCAUCCCAGGGUGAUGUAUUCACUGGAGCCACUGUACAAGAUACUACUGUCCAGCAACCUUGCCGUGUCAGUCAUCCAGAACCUCACUAUCCAAGUUAUCAGGACAAUUGUCAGAUUUCACCUUUUCCAGAAGCUGCACUGCCAACUUCCCAUCCCAAAAUAGUGUUGACGUCUCUUCCUGCCCUGGCUGUGCCACCCACUACCCCCACCAAAGCCAUAUCCCCCUCAGUGGUGAAUGGACUAGAGAUGACAGAGCAACGGAGCUGGCUGUACUUGGAGGAGAUGGUCAACUCCUUACUGAACACAGCCCAGCAACUGAAGACCCUGAUUGAACAGGCUAAACAGGCCAGCUCCUCCUUCCGGGAGGCUGCUGUUACUCAAGCAAAAAUCCAAGCCGACGUGGAGAGGAAAGAGUUGAUAGAAAUUGGCUUAAGGAGCAUGGUUUGGUGGGUAAAGUACAGGACUGGGAGUCUAUUCCAGGUUCUAUUUCCUCUGCCACAAAUUUCUUAUGUGACCUUGGCAAUAUCAAAACCAGUUAUUUCACAAACGGAAGAUGUCGAUGGUAAAACAGAAAUUAUCAUCAAGCAGUCCUGUGUAAACUGUGGUCGGGAGGCAAUGAAUGAGUGCACCGGAUGCCAUAAAGUCAAUUACUGCUCAACUUUCUGCCAGCGGAAGGAUUGGAAGGAUCACCAGCACAUGUGCGGUCAGUCAGCCACAGUCACAGUGCAAGCGGAUGAGGUGCACGUCACAGACAGUGUCAUGGAGAAAGUCUCUGUCUGAAAAAUCUACUUUUGAGGUCCCAGAAAAGAACAAGGGAAGGUGCUUGGCUGGAUCAGCAAGCUGGAUGGGAGCUCGUAUUGCUGGAUGUCUGGAAACUGAACUCUUCUCUUCAGGGAGCUCGUCUUAUGAAGAUGCUUGAGCACUGUGACAUCAUUUGCAUUUUGGAGGUCUACACAGAAUCUUAGCAAAGGAGACACUAAAGAUAUGUGAUCUGGGAAAAAUAACUAGACUUGCUGAUCAGGAGGCCACCCUCACUUGAAGGAAUUUUGGACUGUGAAGUUAAGCUUGCAAGACUUUGAAACCCCUCCGUUGCAGAUUACAAUGUUAGAGCCAUCUCUCUUGAGGGCCAUCUACAGUGGUUGGAGCGAAAGUUAAGAUGUGCCAGUGUUCCAUUCCACCCCAUGCUACCCUACCUCUCAUUUGAAAAAACAAAUCUUCCUUCAUUUGUUUAAUUUAAUUGUCUUUAAAAACGUACAUCAUAAACUAUAUUCUGUCACUAGAAGUCCUUUUUCUGAUUCAUUUUUUCUUCCAGGGCAAAGUUUUACAUAUUGGAAAUUCUGCAUGUGUAUAUAAACAGAAGAUGUCAUGUUGUUAAACAAAAUACAGUGAAAUCAUGAAAGCACA